AUGUCACCUCAGACUAUUGAAGCUCUGAAAUCUGUCUAUGAACGUGUGGACGACAUUGACCUGUACUCUGGUCUCGUCUCCGAAAUCCCUAUGAAAGGAGCAGUGAUUGGACCAACGGCUGGCUGUAUCAUUGCUGAGCAGUUCUCACGAUUGAAAAAAUGUGAUCGCUUUUACUAUGAGAAUCCUGGGCCACAACAGUUCACUUCGGAUCAACUUCAACAAAUUCGACAGGUUACGCUAUCUUCAGUGAUCUGCGCUAAUCAUCACUGGAUUCGACAAGUACAAUCGGAUGCAUUUUUGUUACCAGAUCUGCUCACAAACAUUCCGAUCGACUGCGACGAUUUUCAUAAGAUUGAUCUGUCAAAGUGGGCUGAUAGAGGUGGAUGUCUUGUGUCCGAGAAGAUUCUUCGUGAAGGCGAAACCGCACGAAUAAUGCCGUGCACUAGUUGUACAUGUACUCAAGACGGGCUUCGCUGCCGCGCCAUGGUAAUAUAUGACUGCAAAGAGGUCGCUGACAAGUACACGCUAACAGAAAUUGCAAAGGUAAGUUUCGCCCAACUUUAG